GGCAAAAUCGUUUGCUACACCUUGACUUCGUUUGGUCGUCGUGCAACAUCAACCACCUCAUCCAUCAGGGGAAAUAAUGGACGAGAAGGAUAGGGGAUUCCUAGAAGACGAUACUGGUAGCGAGGAAGAGCCAGACGGCCAACUUCUGCUGGAGAUCAUUCGCAAAGAAGAAGACUGUGAUUUGCGCCAAUUGGUGAAACGUUUCCGCGAUCAAUGCCAACAUCAUUUGAUGGAUACUUCCAAUGAAGUCGAAGUCGGCUGGAGUGAGCAACAAGAUCGCUACGUUAUCGAUUACCUGAACGACCCAAAUAAAGUGGCGCUCUUUGUCAGCUCGUCGCAGGAGGAGAGCGUCGUCCAUAGAUUGCGUUUUGAUUGGACAGUGGUCGGUUCGAUUCACGGUGCGAACGUUCCGACGUGUUUCUUCAUCAAAAUCGGGGUUGCCGAACCACUGAUUCGGCCUGGUCAAUUCGACACGGCUAUCUACAACAAUUGUUUGGUUCGUGGGAUCAGGGAUCUGCCUCGGCACUUGACCAAAGUAGUCUUCUAUUUCGAGAGACACGCGCUCAACUUGUCUGAAAAUCGACUUAAAGAAAUGAAGCAUUUGAUGGAAGGCACGCUGUUGAAAUUGCGACAAUUUCUAAUCGAAGGCCGAUGCUUAAGCGACAGCCUUCUCCUCAAACCAACGCUUAUUGUUCAACCUCCAGAACUAGAUGACGAGGACCACAUCGAACAGCUGGAAAGGUUGGGGCAUCAGUGGAUUUCUGUGGUUACGUACUCCCUGGAACUCAGGGAUUACUAUCCGACAUGCAGCGCUGAAAAUAACCAUCCCACCAUUCAAGACGAAAUCAAUAGCCUUCUUUUUAAAUAUGAAAUUUUAAAGAAACUCGGCACCAAGUUGAUGAAAGCGGACUACCAGCGUGUUUUGUCGAUCCUCAAAGAAGCGAAUUCGGUAGUCGGAGACGAGCUGGAAAACCUUCUUGAUCAACUACAGGAAGCAUCGAAACAGACGAAAUUGGCAGCCAGAUAUUUGACUUGCUUACGUCGAUCAGUCGAUGAAAUUGAAAAAGUCAAGAUCCUUCCUGAAACAAUCAGAGGCCAACAUAUAGCUCCACUGAUCGAUUUACCGGCUAUUUAUCAAGACGCGUGCAAUCGGAUCAUCAUCAUUGUGCGUCACGUAGACCUACCCAACUAUGAGAACAGGGAAAGCGAUGCGGCUGCUAGGCUUCUCUUCACCAUCGGUAACGAGGUAGUGACGAAAAUCAGCCAACACGCGUUGGCGGUCGCCAUCGAUCAGCUUUUCCUUAAAGGACGGCCAAGGGAAUGUGUGGAAGACUUGGAGAAGUUUUGUCGUCGAACUCUUCAGCGAUGCGUCGCCACUUACUUUCAAACCAUGAAGUGGCAAAAAAUGGAGCUGAACGAUCAAAUAGUUUUGGCCAACUUCCACGCGCUGGAUUUACGUUUAGGACACAUCAUUGAUAUUUGCGAAUCCCUGGAACAAUUAGGAAGGUAUGGUGAGGGUAUUAAACCGGUGACAUUUUGCAAUGAAAGAGAACGUGAUAUUGGCCUUAGCCUAACGAUAGCUCAGGAUAAUUUCGUUGAAUUGGCUAUUAAGCUCGUCAGCCAUCAUCGCACUAGCAUCUUUGACAUCCUAAAUCCGGAAGAAUGGUACAAGGCCUAUAAUAGUUACCAAAAUGAGACAAGGGCUUUAGAGAUUCAUCUGGUUCACGACUUUGAAGAGGCAGUACAUCGGUGCAGUACGCUCUGGAAUAUCUACGAAGUGUUGAUGUCGUUUAAACAUUUGUACCGCCGCCCACUCUUCACAGCCGUUAUCAAUUCGACAGCAAAUCAACUCCUCAAAAAAGCUUCUCGAGAGGCUAAAGUGGCUUGCGGCAUCAGCUCGGCCAGCGACCCGUGGAGCACUCCAAUCAAUGCCACGUUAACUACCCUUUCGACCCGGUUGGGAACGUCCGCCCAACGAGCUCGGGGUUACCUUGACAAGAUCGCUAAAUUGGUCCAAAUGGCAAGUUGGGCAGGCAGCCCCAGCUAUCGAGAGAAGGCUCUUUUACGUUGUCAGCAAGCUCAUCGGCUUCUGGGUGAGGCUAUUAAGAAAGAACAUUUAGAUUGGAUCGAUAAAGUUCACGUCGAAAUAGCGUUCAAUAUGAACGCAUCUCUCCAUAAAUUCGCCGUGCGACGUCAUUUCAAACGCCCUGAUUGGAUUCAGUGUAACCUUGAUGGAAUUGUCUUUCAAGUAGUCCAAGCGUCCGAAAGCUGGGACCGACUUCUCCUCGAACUUCCUGGCCAAGUUACACCGCUGUGGAAUGAGCGGAAUGAGCUUCGGAACGUACACGGAUCCGUCUGCGCUAUGUGCUAUUAUUACAAUUACAUUGUUCAAGAAUUGGAAAUACUAGACAAAGAUUUAUACCGUGAAGCAUUGGUUAAGCUCGAAAAGGCGGUCCAGCCCUGUUUAAUCAGCACUACCUGGAAACAAUUGAUCUUAGUGAAAAGGGUGGUAACGUCGGUUUUCUUCGCCAUGGAGGAAGUUGUUCAAGACCUAGUGCAACGUUUUGCCGCAACAUAA